AUGAUGCAAAACUAUUACCUCAUCCUAUUAAUGCUUAGUAUUUAUUCAGGUAAGGUGAGAAACAUAGACACAUGUGACUGCAGAUAAGAGCCAUUCUGUCCAUCCUGUCUGCCCAAUUUUCUUAAUACUUGCAUUAUUCUCAUAAUAGGAGUUUAUGAUCAUAAUAGGAGUUUAUGAUUGUUUCUAUAAUUUGAUAUUGAUGACACAUUGUGCAAGUAAAACAUUUACUCCAUGUUUACUGCACAUUUUAUUAUGUCUUUUUGUCUUUCCUUGUUUCUCACUUGCUGUCAUCUCACUUUUCUUUUCCACUUUCUUCUAUAAUUCAGGUGAUCUUACAAUUUGUUCUUUAAAUAUUUCUAUUUUUGCUCACAGGAAAUGUUAUUGGGGAUUCCAUCCAGCCAAAAUAUUCUCAGUUGUCUGUGGAGGAAGGAAUAACGGUUACUCUCACUUGCUCAUACAUGACUAGCAAUACUUAUUCUUAUUAUCUGUAUUGGUACCGUCAUUAUCCUAAUAAAGCUCUUGAUUACAUCCUUCGUAAAACUAACAAAGGUUCAGAAUCUACUAGCAUGGCCCCUUUUGCUAUGGAGCGAUUUACAAUUCAGGUGGAUUCACUCACUACAAAUCUGACUAUCACUGACGUGAAGAUAGAGGAUGCAGCUAUGUAUUACUGUGGACUGCAGGAGCACAAUGUGACAGAGCCGAGCACAGCAGCUACAUAA